AUGACUCUCCUCACAGCCCUCGGCCUCCGCCGCAAAAAUGAUUGGGAACCCCUAACCCUCAUCGACGCCAUACUUCUCUCACCCCUAAACCUCCUCGUCUCAAUCAUCUACAGCAUAAUCCUCUUCCUUCGUGGCCGACCCUUCACCCCGCCCCGCGACAAGCCCGCCAUCCGCAUCGUCUGCCUCUCCGACACCCACGACCGUACAGACCUCGACUGGCUCGCCGCUCAGCCUCAUCAGCACAAGAUCCUCGUAUGCGGCAACCACGAUAGCUUCUUCGACCCCAGCGCCCGCCUGCCCGAAGACCGCGGCAAGAGCCUCGAUUUCAAGGGGAUCCGCUACCUCAUCCGCGAUGCCGUCACGCUGGAAUUCAAGGGUGGCCGUCAUUUGAAGAUCUACGGUGCCCCUGAUAUCCCGACCUGCGGCGGCUCAGAAAUGGCUUUCCAAUAUGAUUGUUCAUCACCGCCCUGGACCAACACGGUUCCAAUUGACACUGACAUUUUGAUCACUCACACCCCACCAAAAACCCACCUAGACCUCAACCUAGGCUGUCCAGCCCUCCUCCAAGAAGUCUGGCGCGUCCGCCCCAAACUCCACGUCUUCGGCCAUGUGCACUGGGGCCACGGCCGCCAGACCGUCCACUUUGACGACUGCCAGCGCGCCUACGAGGCCCUCAUGUCUCGCCCGCCCCGAGGUCUCUUCCGCGACCUCUUCCCCCACUCUGGCUGGCGGGACGCUCUCGCCGUCCUGGGCUACGGCAUCCACGGCGUCGUCUGGAAGUGGCUCAUGGUCGGGCCCGGCGGCAACACCAGCAGUCUCAUGGUCAACGCCGCGCAAAUGUACGGCAACACGGGGCGGCUGGGGAAUCCGGUGGAAGUAGUGGACCUGUGA